UGUAAAGUGUUUUUGGCUCAACACUUCAUUCUGUGAGCUGGUUGAAUAAAGUUGUCAAGAGAGCACGCUUGUUGCAACUUUUCGCUACUGAACUCCUCUGUGGAUAAAGCUCGCGCGCGUCCCCCCCCAACAAGUCACUGGGAGUAUCUCCGAGCUCGCGGCUCUGUAAUUUGCUCCUCUGCCUGCUCCAAAUCAUACACUGAAAACGUGUAAUCCUUCUGACAGUCUGCAAUGGACGAGGAUAACAACGUCUUGCCUGAGUUGAAGGAUAUAGAGACAAAAUUGGGUAGAAAAGUCCCGGAUAGUCUCAUUCGUUCUCUUGUUGGAGGAAAACAUCACGACGAGCACGAGAAGUUGGCAGCACCGCAUUUAGUGAACUGCAAAGUGUUAAAUUGUAAUAAUUCUGCGGACUUGAAAAGACUGGAGAGCAAAAUGCUAUUCCUCAAGCAAGAAAUGGCACACCUGCGAGCCAUUGAUGUGAAGCUGAUGCAGCAGCUUAUGUCAAUCAACGAGGGCAUCGAGUCCAUCCGUUGGAUGAUCGAAGACAAAGGAGGCGUGGCCAGCCAAGAGGGCAGCCUGACGGGCAGCUUGUACAGCCUGUCAGACAGCCAGGACGGAACCUCACUGCGAGGCAGCUUCAGCAGCUUGAAUGAUGCUAACAGUGACGGGCUAGAUGGUCUGUCUGUGGGUAGUUACUUGGACACUCUAGCAGAGGACCUCUCGGACGACCCUUCACCUACGGAUCUUGACUGUUUUGUAGAUAAAACAGUCAUUGAUAGUGAUGCUUUCAGCAAAUCACCACUGAAACUCAGGGUGGAAUCAGAUGAAUACUACUGCUUUGGAUAAUGAUAAGCUAAACACGGUGGUUACAGAGACUACUGAGAUUUUUUGCGAAGAAAGAUUUAAAUAAUAACAUGGACAAAUUAACACAGCUGUCAGAUUAUUUUUCCCACAUGCUUUACAUUUUUCUUAUUAUAGCAACCCCCAAGAGGUUGGCAAAGAGUUACCAAAUGACUCAUGUUACUUUUUACCUUGAAACCAGCUUCCUUAAGUUGUGGAUUGAACACACCUCAUCAAACCAUUGUCACUUAAUGUCACACCAAAUGCAAGUGAAAACAUCUUAACAAUUCAUUAUGUCUUAAUAUAUUAUCAUGCAGGUCAAUAAAAAUAAAAAGUCGCUCUGUUUGUAAUGAUAGUAUUUAUUUUUUGUAGUUAUCCAGCAGUUUUUUCCCCCAGAGUACUUCUUAGCUUAAAAUUAAGGGGGAAGAUGGGUGGAUAAAAGCAGCUGAACAGCAGAUUUGCUUCUUUAUCUGUGUAAAAUUAGACUUCGACUACCUGAUCUAAGUAAAGGAGUAGAUUAGGAUUUAGCAGCUAUUUGGGGAAAUUGGACAUUUUAUGCCGAGUGAUUCAAGAGGGUAAACUGUUUAAAGUGGUAAGUUCAAGUGUUACAGCAAGUGCAAUUUACUUCAUUGCCAAAUUCUGAGCACCACCUACUUGUUAAGCUUUUAAUUAUUUUUACUUACAUGUUUUGAGUGAUGGAAGUUCCUAAGCUAAACCCCACUCUGCAAUGGUCCUACCAUUGCAGAGUGUACACACAAAAGAUUAUUAGCACAUUCAAAGCACAUAUGCUUAACUGAAAACCAAAGCAAUUUGAUUGUCUGAUAGAUAAUUGAGGCCUGAGGCAAAACCCUGUUAACACCAGAUGGGAGAUUUGAUGACGGUGGACAUUUGUGAAACACAUGUUUACUUUGUGGGCACAUUUUAAUUCUCUGUUGUCAAAAAACUAGAGCUAUACAUUGCUUUACAUUCAUUUGUUUCCUUAUGCUGAUUUGUUUGACAUUUGUAUUUUAUGUUGCCUGCUUUUGAAAGAAAAAAAAGUUGCCAUUGAUUGCUGUUGAUUUUGUUGUGGAAAUGAAAUAAUAUAUUGUGAUUUUCCUCUGCCUCA